AUGAUUGCGUCUUCAUCACUGUUGAAUAGAAGAUUAUCAUCGGAGCAGCUUUUGUACCACAAAAUAGACCUCAUUAAUGUCACAUUAGCAUCACAAGGGAUCGUUGUGGGAGGUCGACUGUCUGCAAAGACAAAGGGACAGCAAAACGGGCAGGUUCUGCAUGUUUCUAUUGAUGUCAAUGAGGAUGUUGGCAGAGAGGAUACUUCUGGUGGCAGAUUCUGGAAUGUAUGCUGCAGCUGUUUUGCAACGGGAUCAGGACAAGCAUCAACCAAGAAGAUUCCUCAAUUUAUUUCUUACAAGAACAUUUUAUACGUUGAACCCUUGGGCCCUGAAGUAAAUCAUGAAGUUAAAUUGACAUUCGUUACUCCCAACCACGUUGAUUAUUUGAAAAGUGCAUCUAAAUUGUCUAUUGAUACGAUUAAAGUGCAAGUGCAGAAUUUUGACCCUCAAAAGCAUCCUCAGGAAACGGUGACUAGCCAUAUCAGAAACAAAGCGUACCCCUAUAAAGUUUUGCAACAGCCAUCAGUAUUGAUAUUAAUCAACCCUCAUGGUGGACAGGGUAAUGCGGUAAAGAUCUAUAAUCGCGAUAUAAAGCCAAUCCUACAAGCUGCCCAUUGCAACAUCACUUACCAAGAGACCCAGUAUUCGGGACAUGCAACUAAUAUCGGUAAAGAAAUGAACAUUGACGACUAUGAUGUAGUUUUGUGCUGUUCCGGGGACGGAACUCCCCAUGAAGUGAUUAACGGGUUCUAUCAACGUGAAGAUAAGGGUGUUGCUGCAUUUAAUAAAAUGAUUAUAACACAAUUGCCUUGUGGAUCAGGAAAUGCUUUGACCUUGAGUACGUUGGGAGGAUCAGGCGCUGCCCAGAUUGCAACCUGGCUCAUGCUUAAAUCAAAACCAAGCAAAGUUGACUUGAUGGCGGUGACCCAAGGAACAAGAGACAACGAAAUUACCAAGUUGUCAUUCUUAAGUCAGUGUUAUGGUAUUGUCGCUGAUUCCGAUAUUGGAACCGAACAUUUACGAUGGUUGGGUGCUAUUCGAUUUGAAAUUGGUAUUAUGCAAAAGGUCCUUACAUUUGCCAAAUAUCCCUGUGAUUUAUACGUUGAAUCAUGGACCAAGGACAAGUCACAAAUUGCUCAGCAUGUUGAGCAACACAUGGCCAGCACCAAUACUCAAAGUUCCAAUACCGAGCUACGUGUUGUCACAAAGGAAGAUUUGCAACUACGCUAUCCAUCGUUGAAUGAUCCAGUGCCAUCGCAUUGGAAACCCGUUCCUCAAUCAAUCACUGACAAGCUCAAUAUCUUUUACGUUGGAAACAUGCCAUAUGUCUCAGCCGAUGCGCAAUUCUUCCCUGCUGCAUUGCCUGAUGACGGGCACAUGGAUAUGGUGAUUACCGACACCAAUGCCUCCUUAUUGGACGUGGCCUCGAUUUUGUUGAAUGUGGAAAAAGGUACGCACGUGGAUGCAGACAAUGUCAUACAUGCCAAAGUUAAAUCGUACCGUUUAGUGCCAAGAUUGCAAAGCACUGCUAAUCAUUACAUCUCAGUCGAUGGUGAAAGCUUUCCUGUUGAAGCGCUACAAGUUGAGGUUUUGCCUAGCAUUAUGACGGUGUUGUUGUAUGAUGGUAGGUUUACUGAAACCGUGUUGACGGAAUAA